GCGAAACAUAUUAUGAAGAAAUCAGCAGAGUUUUCUAAAGAUGAUGUUAGUACGGUUCCUCUCGAAGAUGAUUUGACGCUAGUAAAUGAAGUCCCAAAAGAACACCAAUCUGAAAGGCGUGUUAGAAUUUUCAUCCCAGCUAAACCUACUACUCAAUCAGACACUCAUGGUACUAGACUUUGGCGUAUUGAGUUCGACAAUCGGGAACGCUGGGAAAAUCCACUGGUGGGUUGGGCGAGCACUGAUGACCCACUUUCAACUACAGUUGUUGAAUUUGAAACUUCUGAAGCGGCAGAAAAGUUUUGCAAACGUCAGGGAUGGCCAUGUUACGUAGAAAGUCCAAAUAUUUUAAAAAUGAAUGUCAAGUCCUAUGGAUCUAAUUUUUCAUGGAAUAAACGAACACGGGUUGGAUCGAAAUAAUGUUAUCAGACUGCUCACAUUUUUCUUGUUCCUAGCUUACUUUAGCAGCUUCUUCAGUUGUGACCUAUUUUAUUUUGCUUGCUAAUAAAUAUUGUAGAAAUAUAA